AUGGUAUUAGACUUGGCCACAUUCAGCCAUCCUGCAGUUUCUCAGAUCCAGGGAAAGUACUGGUUUCACGAGAAUAGUGAGGAUGCCUUUCCUGGGCAAAUGUUUGGGCUUGAAAUCAAACAGCUUCUCCACCACUCCAAAAGCGAAUUUCAGGACAUUCUAAUUUUCGAGUCAAAAACGUUUGGGAAUGUCCUUGUGCUUAACGGAAUUGUCCAGUGUACAGAAAAGGAUGAGUUUGCAUACCAAGAGGUUAUAACCCACAUUCCUGUAAUGAGUCAUCCCAGCCCAAAGAAUGUGUUGGUCAUUGGAGGUGGAGAUUGUGGUGUUGUGCGGGAGUUGGUGAAACAGUUGGACAUUAGUGGUGUGGAAUGCAUUACCAUGGUUGAAAUUGACCGUCAAGUGAUCGACUUGAGUGUGAAAUAUUUGCCUGAAAUGGCAAAGUUCCACAACCACCCCAAGGUGAAUAUUGUUAUCGAAGACGGAUUCAAAUUUUUGCAGAAGCUAGGCUCUUUGGAAGAAUCUGACAAGUACGACGUGAUCAUUACAGAUUCUUCUGACCCUGAAGGUCCAGCGGAGGAAUUUUUCGAGGUGAACUAUUUCUCAUUAUUGAAAAAUGCCACCAAGAACGAUGGCGUGGUUAUCAUGCAAAGCAGCGAAAAUAUCUGGUUGAAAAUAGACUACUUGGCUGAGCUCAAGAGCAAGGCUAAUCGUGUUUUCCCUAACGUGGCUUACUGCCAGUGUUACAUGCCUUCAUACACCAGUGGCCAGUUGGGACUUAUUGUGGCUUCGAGCGAUACGACUAAAAAUUUUGCAAAGCCAUUGAGAACCAUUGCCACGGAUAAGGAAGCACAAGUUUUCAAGUACUACAAUGCAAAAGUGCACGAAGCUGCGUUCGUCUUGCCUACUUGGGCAGACGAAAUUGUUAACCAGCGGAAAUAA